ACAUUCUCAGUUUGUUUAGUCCGCCAUUGAAGCAACACACCGGAAGAGCGUACAGCGCAGGAGCAAGGUUGAAAACAAGUAUGGCUGCCUCGAAAUCUUUUAUGAAACUUUCGUCUGCAAAGACAGCGUUUUUGCAGUUAUGUCAGCACAGAACUGCUCAAACAGCUGCUGCAGCUGCACCCAAUGUUCAACCAAGACUCAAAAAAUUUCAAAUCUAUAGAUGGGACCCAGAAACUAAAGGUGCAAAACCAACCAUGGAAACAUACGAAAUAGACCUGAAUCAUUGUGGGCCAAUGGUUUUAGAUGCUCUCAUUAAAAUCAAAACUGACUUGGACCCUAGUCUCACAUUUCGAAGAUCUUGUCGUGAGGGUAUAUGUGGAUCAUGCUCUAUGAAUAUCAAUGGUACAAACACACUGGCAUGUAUAAAUAAAAUUGAUACUAACUUGAACAAAGGAACUAAAGUCUAUCCUCUACCACACAUGUAUGUUGUUAAAGAUCUGGUGCCAGAUAUGAGUAAUUUCUAUGCUCAAUAUAGAUCCAUUGAACCAUUUUUGAAGAAAAAGAAUACAACUGAAGCUGAUGUUGGACAAACACAAUAUUUACAGUCUACUGAAGAUCGGGCGAAACUGGAUGGAUUAUAUGAAUGUAUAUUAUGUGCAUGUUGUAGUACAGCAUGUCCUAGUUACUGGUGGAAUUCAGAUAAAUAUCUUGGACCAGCUGUUUUAAUGCAGGCCUACAGAUGGAUGAUUGAUUCUCGAGAUGAUUUUACUGAUGAAAGAUUAGCUACAAUGGAAGAUAAAUUCUCAGUUUAUAGAUGUCAUACUAUCAUGAACUGUACCAAGACUUGUCCUAAAGGUUUAAAUCCAGGUCAAGCUAUUGGUGAGAUCAAGAAAAUGUUACUUUCAUACAAUAAAAACGUAGCUGCUAAACAAGCACAAGCAUAAAUACUUGGGAGUUUGAAACAAAAUUCCAUCUUGCCUCUCGAUAACAUAUUUCAGCAUCUAGAACAGGGCUCUUAUUUCACUCAAUGUAGCCGGUCAUGACCGUUAAAGCAGUAAAUUUGUCUGGUUCACAAAUGAAUUCACCAGUCAAUCAUAGAAACUGGUUAUAUUUUGAAGUGGGAGCCCUGGUCUAGAGUUUGUUAAGGAUGUAUAUUGUUAUUAAAACGACUCUUUUAUUCAAGUGUUGUUAUGAAUUAUAGCAUAAAGUUCUACCACAUUAUUAUGCAUAAAAGUCUUUCAGGCACAAUAUUAAAAUAUCUUAUUGUUUGGUCAAUAUAAUAUAAUAAUCUGUUUGUACAUAGUUUAAAUUGUAAUAAAGCUUUUAACAUCAUGCAAUUGCUCAUCAAGAGGUAUAAAAUAGAUUUGGUAAAAACUAUUGGAACACUUAUAUCUGGUUUAAACAAUAUUUAUUUGUUUUGUUUACAAUUAUAUAACUAAUUUAAAGUAUAUAGGACACAUAUGCUAAUAAAUAUUGCUUUCUUUGAAAGAUGGACAAAAUAAAACAAUUUGUAAUGGUGUUAAGGUGAAUUCAGGUCAUUGAAAUUUUUUUUCCAUGUAUUUUAAUUUAAAUCGAAAUGCCAUGUGUUGUUAGUUGUAAUAGAAAAUGUAAUAAAAAUAUAUUGUAAGGCUAACUAUAAUGGUCAAUUAAAAGAUACUUUCUAUCAAUCUGAUCUGUAUUAAUCUAGGGCCUGUUUCCCGAAAUUUUAACUAAGUUAAAAUCCAAAUUUUAGUAAUUUGAUUGGAUAAUAUUAGAUUGAUUUAGUGCUUAGCCAAUCAAAAUUGAAAUUUCUACUAAAAUUUGGAUUCUAUCUUUAGUUAAGAUUUCGAGAAACGGGACCCUGAUCUCAGGGAACCCAAAAGAUAACAUAGAUCUGUCAGCCAGAUCUUUCAAAGCCAGGAUUUUAUAACUGGGCAAUGCUCGGAAGAGGUGUUUAAAGUUAUCACUGUGUACCUUUUGGUGGUGGUACAGAUUGUAAUGGGUGUUCAGGUGGAGCCUUGUCUAUCUGCAGAAGAUGAGGAUUUUGGCUCUCGUUCAAUCAUCAUAGCCUUGCUUCGCACAUAACUGACAAGCCCAAUUCGGGACAGGCAAGCCCGGCUACAGCGGAUAAAGAUUCUGGUAUUUCUCGGUUCUUUCUCCCCUGUCUCUUAUGGAAUCGCUGGCGAAGUCGCACCAAUACGUGUAUACGUUUUGGAGCUCAUAUACACUAACGUAAUGGCAUCACACUGAACGUAUUUCUCAGACCAUUGCUUCAGGAAUAUGUUGUUGUGGUUUUCUGAUGCCUGAAAUGGGAAACGAUAUCAUGUACCCCGUAGUGUAUAUGACAUGGUCCACCUUAAAGCUAGAAUAGCAACCGCUAGACCCUGUAGCUUCAAAAUCAUACCCCCUCCCCUCUUCCUAUUUAGCUAUAACUGAUGUAUGUGUUGUGCACAUGACAAGGUAUGCUCCGUGUUUCAGUAUAGUAUCAUUUAUACAUUUGAUGUUUGUAAAUAUACAUGUAUAUCUAA